AUGUCCGCCAACCUCGAUAAGUCUCUUGAUGAUCUGGUCGGCAGCCGUCGCCAGUCUACCCGUCGUCGUGGUCCCCGCCGCGCUGCGGCCAAGCCAUCCGCCGUUGGAGGCGUGAAGAAAUCCACCAAAGCUACCCCCAAGGCUGCUCACCCAGCCCCUGUCGCCCAAACUGGCUCCAGCAAGAUUCUUGUCAGCGGAUUGCCUUCCGAUGUGUCCGAGGCCAAUGUCAAGGAAUACUUCAGCAAGUCUGCUGGCCCCGUCAAGCGGGUUAUGCUCACUUACAACCAGAACGGUACUAGCCGUGGUAUCGCCUCCAUCCAAUUCAACAGGGCAGACACCGCCGCCAAGGCCACCAAGGAGCUCAACGGACUCCUCGUCGAUGGUCGCCCCAUGAAGAUCGAAGUUGUCUAUGAUGCGUCUCACGUCCCCGUUAUUCCUGCUUCCAAGCCUCUCACUGAGCGCAUUGCUCAGAAGGCUCAGCCCAAGUCCGCUGCUGCCUCCAAGGCUAAGGAGAACAAGCAGACCGCCGCUACUGGCAAGGCAAAGCGUCGUGGUACGGGACCUGCUGGCACUCGCUCUCGUGGCCGCGCUGCCGGCCGUGGAAAGCCCAAGACUGUCGAGGAGCUUGAUGCUGAGAUGGCAAGCGCCAACCAGGACAUCGGCAUGGCCGACGAGAUCUCUUAA